AUGGUUGAUUAUCCUGACAAGGAUGGUAAAACGGCGCUGCAUUAUGCUGCUCAGUCAGGGCGUGCCGAGAGCGUUGCGAUUUUACUGGAAAUGGGACAUGCUAAUCCCAAUGCCGAAGACAGCGACGGCCUUACACCCCUAGAUAUAUGUGCCCGUUUCCAAAGAGACAAGUUCCCUUCUCAAUCUGCCAAGGUCUUGACCAUCUCCUCGGAAAACCAUACAAUCGGAGUCCGCCAAAUCAUCAAAUCACUGGUAUCUCAUGGUGCCGACAUAUCAUUCAUGUUUUCCAGGGACCCGCCGGACCUUUCUCGACAACUUGCUUCUAAAGCUAAAUAUAUUACUCCUAUAGACACUGCCUUGGAGCUGGGAUGUGAAGUGAUGGUCGAUGAGCUAAUUAAAAUCGCAAAAGCUCGGCAGGCCAACAGCGGGGAGGAAUUGGCUUUGGAAGAAAAGCCGAACGAACUGAUUCUUGACGGUCUCGUGAAACCCGGCCAAAUCAACACUGGCAUAUUUAACACUCUACUCCGCACCGAAAGUGAAUGGGGAAUUGAGAAGUUCAGAUCCAUAGGAGGAGAUCUGCUUCGACCACCUCCUAAUGGCCAUUCAUGCAUCACGCUCAUGGUAAGGUGGGGAUAUGCCUCAUUCUUGGAGAAGUUCGGCGACGAAGUCGUUUUGAUGACCGACUCUUGGAUCGAGAAAAUUGGCAAGGAAUGGCGCCAAUUCAAGCCUACGUCAGCUUUGUAUGUUGCCUGUAGUAGAGAGCUUCCCAAUCUUGAAGUUAUAAAAGUCCUGGUUGGGAAAUUUGGAGUGAAUAUCAAUUGGCAGACGAGAGGCUGGACUUAUCAUGGGGAAUCUGCCCUACAUGUUCUCGCAGAGUCGCGCUCUUGGUGGAAAACCCACGCCCUGGAGUAUCUUCUUGAUAAUGGAGCUGACAUCAACAUUAAAGACAGCGAUGGUAAUACGGCUCUGCAUUCCGCACUCAAGUACAAGACAGCAGAGCCGUUGACAUUUUGCUCCGGCAUGGAUCCGAUCUGA